GCUCUGCAGCCAACUUGCGGAUCUCGAUUGCGGGAAAUUGUUGGGCCUUGCUAUACACUUCGCGCGAGCGACGUUGCCCAAGAUCAAUCCGGCGAAGAGAGCUAGCGAGCCCUGCUGAGCCAUACUAUCACGAUGGCUUCGACAUCGGGUCUACAGCGAAGGCGAGGUGGGGGCGGAGUAGGAGGAGGCGCCUUAGCAUCAGAUGAUAUUUCAAGAGCCGGACCUUCGCACUCUCGCAAAGCUUCUUUCGAUUCCUUGCCAUCCCGAACCGGUACUCCCUCGGUGCAGCACAGCAACGGACGUUCUCAUCUCGACAAUCCCUCCUUCUCCUCUUCAAAUCCCACCGAGGGCUCCAACUCGGCAAAAAGUCGAACUGCAGCAGGAGCUGCCAGCAUUUCCACAACAAGUCAGAGCGGACAUAGAAUCGCGUAUGAUCCCAGAGAUUUGCAGGAUGAGGGCGAGGAGAAGGAGAAUCCUAGAUUGACGCUGAUGGAAGAGUGCCUGUUGCUCGGAUUGAAGGACAAGCAGGGCUACUUGUCUUUCUGGAACGACAACAUUUCCUACUCCUUGCGUGGCUGCAUUCUCAUCGAGCUAUGUCUUCGCAAGCGAAUAAGCAUCUCGAGAGACACCUCAGCAUCUUCAGGUCGGUUCAGAGGCAACGCUUUGCCUCUGCAAGAUAGAUUGAUCGAGGUCGUGGAUGGCAAAAUGACGGGAGAAGUUUUGCUAGAUGAAACGUUGAAACUGAUGAAGAGUAGCGAGAGGAUGAGCGCGAGUCAAUGGGUCGACCUGCUCAGCGGCGAGACGUGGAAUGUGACGAAGAUUGGCUAUCAGCUGAAGCAGGUGCGGGAACGCUUAGCCAAAGGAUUGGUCGACAAGGGCAUCUUGCGCACCGAGAAGCGGAACUUUCUACUGUUCGACAUGGCGACGCAUCCUGUAUCCGACAGCAGCGCCAAAGAUGCGGUGCUCCGUCGAGUGUUGAGCCUCUUGACGAGCAGUACCCCGACGCUUCACGCAUCCGCACUGUAUCGAGAAGAGAGGAAGAACAUCGCCUUUGCAGCUACUAGGAGCUUGUCCCUCUUAUGCUGCUCCUUUAGCGCCAAUGUUUUGGAGAAUGCGCUCGCACACCUCUCUUACGACGCCAGGGAAGCGGCUUUUCAAAAAGUGGACGAUAUCCUUUCCGAUUUCAGCCAGUGGCCUAUGGCGCCUCGUUCUGGCAUCGCUGUGGGCAGCGGACCUUCAAAUGCGGCUGCUGGAGCGGGCGCGGGACAGAAGACGGGCAUCGGAGAAGGCAGUAUCAGCAGGAACAAUGAAGAGGGCAAUCUGGGAGUGAGCACGUUCGAACUUGCCAAGGCGGUUAGAAAUGAUCUGAUCAGUGGAGGUGGAAACGAGGCGCAAUUCGAAGCUAUUGCGGCCGUGCUGUAUGUGCUCAGUAGGAUGGACAGCCUGCUAUGACAUCACAGUUCCCGAAUAUUUGCCUUUCGCGGGGGCAGCAGUUGCGAGGCCUCUUCGUCCGAUGGCUCAAAAGAUGCUCGCUAGCUCCUCUGAUUCGUCAAUGCUCGCCGCUGAUCAUGACAGAGCUAUUGCUGCUCCUACUCAUGGCCAGGCGCGCGGCGCUACCCGCGUGGCAUGC